AUGUCGAAACGCUUUUCAAUUGACUAUUUGAUCGGUGAUACUGUAUUCAAACAGCCACUAACAAAUGAUGAUCAUCAAGCUACGUUGACCGAAACAUCAUCACCUCAACAUCAGACAGGACAACAAUGUGCAAAAUCAGAUGCGUCAAAUGAGAAUUGUAAGAAACGGAAGCAUUCUGAUGAAUCGCCCGUCGAUGAAUAUCACGAGGCGCUUCAAAACGUCCGACUACGAUUAGAGGGUGCAACUCUUUGGAACAAAUUUCAUUCGUUUGGUACGGAAAUGAUCGUGACCAAAACCGGACGGUUCGUUCACUUUUUAAAAUUGAGGCUGUUUGAUGUGUGGAACUAA